AUGGGUUCCCUCCAUUGGGUUUGCUCCUCCGAUAUAUUUGUGCUGUUUCUUGUCUUGUUAAUUUCCAUUGUUAUGUUUCUUUACAGGAGAAACAAAUGCCCACCGUCUCCUCUUAUCAAUUGGCCCUUUUUUGGCAUGACGCCUUAUCUCCUCCUAAACUCCCACCGUCUCCAUGAUUUUGCCACUGAUAUCCUCAAAUUCAGCCAUGGAACUUUCUUGUUCAAAGGUCCUUGCUUUGCUAAUAUGGACCUGCUUCUCACCUCCGAUCCUGCCAACAUUCACCACAUCUUGAGCAAGAACUUCCCCAACUAUCCCAAAGGUCCCGACUUUCGCAAGAUCUUUGAUAUUCUUGGAGAUGGCAUCUUCAACUCCGAUGACGAGUUAUGGGAAAUCCACCGGAAAACCACCAUGUCUAUAUUCAAACACCCCGACUUCUACACUCUCCUGGAAGUAACCAUCAGGAACAAAGUCGAUAAAGCGCUUCUCCCUCUCCUCCAUCAUUUCGUCUCUCAUGAUCGUCAACCGAUGGAUUUGCAGGAAAUAUUUCAGAGGUUUACUUUUGACUCUAUCUGUUUACUGCUUUUAGAUUAUGAUCCUGAAAGUCUGUCCCCCCAUUUACCCUUCAUUCCAUGCGAGAAGGCGUUCACGGAAGCGGAAGAAGCUCUUCUGUGGAGACAUGUGUGGCCAGAGUACUUUUGGAAGUUGCAACAUAGGUUUGGAAGAGGCAAGGAGAAGAAGAUGAAGGAAGCUUCCAAGGCUUUUGAUGAAUUUAUUUACAAGUGUUUGUCUGAGAAAGAAAGGCUGCAGCAGGUGGGGAGAGGUGGGUUGUUAACAUCUUUGAUGAGAGGUUUCCAAGGUCAAGGUGGGAGUUCAGGUGACUCAAGAAAGUUCCUGAAAGACACCAUUUUGAACCUGAUGCUGGCUGGGAGAGACACCACAAGUACAGGUCUUUCUUGGUUUAUGUAUCUUGUUGCCAAAAACCCUAGAGUGGAGGAUAAGAUUCGAGAAGAGAUUGAGAAGCAAUUGGGUGGUCGGAAAUGGAAGACUAGUUUGGGUGCAAAAGAGUUGGAAGGAUUGGUUUAUCUUCAUGGAGGUUUAUGUGAGGCAUUAAGGCUGUAUCCUCCAGUUGGUUUUGAACAUAAAGCGCCAUUGGAGAAGGACAUCCUCCCAAGUGGGGAGGAGGUAGAUGAGCGAACCAAGAUCAUUCUGUCGUUCUAUUCAAUGGGAAGGAUGGAAGGGAUAUGGGGGGAUGAGUGCAUGGAGUUUAGGCCAGAAAGAUGGUUUAGUACUAGUCCUGAAGGAAUAAGAGGGAAUAAUAUGAUUAAGCAUGAAGCGUCUUAUAAGUUCACGGCGUUUCAUGCAGGGCCAAGGCGUUGUUUGGGUAAGGAAAUGGGUUUGAUUCAGAUGAAAAUGGUGGCAGCUGCUUUGAUUUAUCAUUACCAUGUGGAAUUGGUGGAAGGGCAUCAAGUUUGUCCAAGUGAUUCCAUUAUACUACAGAUGAAAUAUGGUCUUAAGGUCAAGUUGUUGCCUAUAUAGUGAUCGAUCAAGCCAGCUGUAAUUCAUCACCACCAUCAUCAUCAUCAUCACCACCAUCAUCAUCAUCAUCACCACCAUCAUCAUCAUCUAUAUAUAUAUACACACAUAUACAACAAUUGAUAAGGGAUGACCUAGUAUAAGGUAUAUAUUAAUUAAUAUGGUUUGUAUGAAGUUGUAAUGAAGAAUAAUAAUGUAUAUGUAUAGCAACUAUAUGUAUACUUAUACGUGAUUGUGAUAAGAAUUAAAGAAUGAAACCCAAAUAUAUGAAC